AUGCCUUGCGCAACUGAUUUCCCUAAAAUUUACAAGAUUUCCCAUCUGGGAAAUCAUGUCAGGGAUGAUGUUUCACAAGAAGCAGCUAUUCCUCCUAGAUCAAGCAGUGGGGUGGACAAUGUGUCUGAAUCUGAGGGUAAAUUAGCCAUUGAGGUGACUGGCAAGCCCAGUUUCAGUUCUUCAGAGACAAGAAAGGGCCAAUUGGAACUUUGGAACCGUGUGGUCACUCCUGUCAUCGUGCCUGUGCAGAUAACUGGCUUCAAACCAAAGGUACAUGUCCUAUUUGCAGAAGUCAAUAUGCUCCUAGGAAAUUUAAAUACAAGGAGGACCCAACAAUUCAUCAUGUCAAUCCACAAGAAGAAAGCCCAUCAAUUGAAUCAGUGCCACCCAACCCUGGUAUCAACAAUCCUGUCUCAAAUUUACAAAGCCCCAGAAAAACGUCAUCCUGUAUUUCAAUAUCUACUUGGUGAACCACACCAAUUAGACGAUGGGAGUAUGGAUGAAGUUGAAAGACGGAUUGUGAGAGACAGGGUCAUUGUCUUGCCUUACCAAUAA